AGGCAUCUCAUCACUAUUCACCAAUAUCUUAGCUUUCCCUCACAUCAUCAUAUUAUUGUUCUUGCUUCGUCCGCAAAGAACUGAAUAGGGGAGAAGGAACCUAUUCUUCGAACAGGCAUGCCUUCUUUAAAUCAUCUCCUUCAACACCAAUCGCCUCCUUCAUCUUUUUCACAACCAUGGAGGAUUUGAACAUUCUUGCCGCAGAUUGUGUUGUCGUAUCAUGCUGCUGCCAGUGCUUGAUGCUGCAAAUUCUUGUAUUUGUGUUGCUGAAGCUUCCCUGCAAGCUGGUGAGGAAAAUAAGAGAAUAUGCUAAGAAAAAGCUCCCUCAAACGAAGAGAAAUGAUAAAGUGACGCAGAGAGAAAUCGGUUCUUACAAAGAUGUUUUUGUGAGAAUUCAUGAACAAUCUUUUAGAACUCAAGCAGAGAUGGCACUAAAAGAUGAUGCAGGACACAAUUGUGGUUGUUGUAUGGAUGAGGUUGAAAAGGUGAUGCAGGAGUUUUAUAAGAAAGGAGAGUUUGCAUUUGGAAGCUUUUGGGGUAGAAAGGGGUGGGGUGUUCCUUCAAUUGUCAAUGAUCAUAAUGACGAUAGUUUUGUACGAUAUAAAAUCAUUAAUUUAGUUGGAUCCUUAAGCUGUGAAUAAAAUUGCCACAUAUAUGUUAUGAUGAGCUGCUCUGAAGUCUGGCCUCGAAUUUGGUCCCAUAGAAUACCAU